UCGGUUAAAAAUAAAGCAUUUAAUAAGAUUUUUAAAAUACAGAGAUCUUUGUUAUUUUGCUAUUCUUUAAAUUAAAGAUAAAAUGGGUUUUCAAAAAAAUGUUUCACCUCCUGUAGCAGAAGUGGAACAAAAUUGGCCUCAAAUCACAACAAUCUUUAUAGGUGCACUUGCUGGACUGAGCAAUGGGCUACUAUUUUCGUGGCCUUCUCCCUUUCUGGUAAAAAUCGCACAAGAUAAAGUUAACUACAAUAUAUCCGAAGAAGAAGGUGCUUACUUCAGUAUAAUUCAACCGAUAUCAAUGAUGAUCGCUUGUCCAAUUUUUGCAAUAUUAGCAGAUCACUUCGGAAGGAAAGUUGCUUUAUUAUUGAUUGUCGUACCUCAGCUUUUCAGCUGGCUAUUGGCGGGUUUUGCAAAAAGUGUUUACGUCUUUUAUGCGGCUCGAUUUUUAUCUGGACUUUCCGACGGAUGUCUCUUCGUUACUUUACCAAUGUAUAUCGGGGAAGUGGCGAAUCCGACUGUAAGAGGUACUUGGGGAAAUUUGUUGCCUAUAUCAUAUUAUAUCGGAGAAUUUCUCAUUAAUGUGAUUGGAAGCAAAUUUGAUACGAGAGUAACAACUUAUAUUUGCCUGCCCUUACCUAUUUUAUACCUGAUUUUAUUUUCUUUAAUGCCGGAAUCGCCUUAUUACUACAUCAUGAAAGGAAAGGAAGAAGAAGCGAUUAAGUCUUUGAAGUUUUUAAAGAGAAUGAAGAAUGUUGAUAGCAUUUACAAGCAGUUAAAGUUCGAUGUAGAGAGGCAAUUAUCAGAACGUGGUACUUGGGUAGAUAUGAUCAAAAUUAAAAGUAACAGAAAGGGUUUGAUCGCUGGAAUGUUUUUGAGACUUUCGCAGCAAUUAUCUGGAUUUACCGUUUUCCUAACUUUUACCCAAUUGAUUUUCCAAAAAUCAGGAGGCAACGUCAGUCAUGAGGUUUCAUCUAUACUUUACUUAGGAAGUUCUUUAAUUUUAAAUCUGAUAGGAGUGUUUUUAAUUGUGCCAUUUUUUAAUAGAUUGACUUGCUUCGUCACAUCCAACAGUGCUUCUGGUGUAAUACUCUUUUUGAUGUCAGCCUACAUUUACAUCGAUGAUAAUACGAGUGUAGACCUAAGCAGUUUUAAGUGGAUGCCUUUAACCUUCAUGAUUUUAUACCAAGUAUUCACAAGUUUUGGUCUCUCGCUCAUACCGACUUUAAUGCUUAGCGAAUUAUAUUCGACAAGUAUUAAGUCUAAAGCUAUGGUGAUUUUAUCUAUCACUUUUGGAUUGGGAAUUUUCGUAGCCAGUACAAUAUUUUACCAAAUGAAUAUUCACUUGGGUUUCUACUCGCCAUUUUUAUUUUUCUCUGCAUGCUGCUGUGUAUCCGCGAUUCUGUCUUAUUACGUCAUUCCAGAAACGAGAGGAAAAACUCUCGAAGAAAUACAGCAAAUGUUGAAAAAGAAUUAACUUUUUAUAAUAUA